AUGCAGAAGAAACUUUUAAUAAUUCCACUAUUGAUGUUAUUUGGGAACGGAUGCAAUGGAGAUUAUACGACUAAUGAAUGUUCAUUACUGGGUUUCAAUAAAGCAAAUCUUUUGUGUUCAUCUUGUGAUCAGCUUAAAAAGUUCCAACUGACAUCAUUAAGAGAACACUGCACAAACUGUUGUCAAAUUGAUGAAGAAAAAUCUAUUAAAGUAUAUGCAAAAGCCAGAUUGGAAGUCUGUACUUGUAAAUUUGGUGCUUAUCCUCAGAUACAAGCGUUUAUAAAAAGUGAUCGUCCCAACAAGUACCCUAACUUAACGAUCAGAUAUGUACGUGGGUUGGAUCCAUUAAUUAAGCUCAUGGACAGCAGUGGAAAUGUGCAAGAGGUUUUGGCAAUCGAACGAUGGGACACCGAUACAGUGGAUGAAUUCUUGAGCACUCAUUUAGAACGCAUCGAAGACGAUUAUCGAUCAAACCUAGUGUAA